AUGCCUGUGAAAAUGCGCGACUCAGAUCCUCCCGCCGAAUCCACUGAUCUAGGGGAUAUCUCGCAGGCAUAUCAAAAUGGGACCCGCGAAAUCGACUAUUCUGGUGCGGAUUAUGCCCAUUCAGAGGAUGAAGAUAAUCCUCUAGUCCAGCAAGAGCAGCGUUCACCCUCUUCACCACCACCGGCACCAGUCCCGCGAUCGCGAACACGAUCGGUGCGAUUCGCAGCGCCAGAACCUACCGAGACCCCUCCGGACGAUUCGCAAAAUGCGAGACCAAAAAAAUCGCUGCUGCAGCGGCUGGCCUCCGUAAAACGCCCGAAACCCGAUAUUCGCGCGACCAUCGACCCCCGGAGAGAUCGAUACUCGGUGCUCGAACUAGAUGAAGUGCAUGAUGUACCCCCGGAGGAGAUGCCGGGCGUGGAUAUUUCGUUUUUCGAGGGAUUUCAGGGACAAUAUCAGAAUGAAGCUUUGUUGAAGGAUGAGAAUAAGGGCCAUGCUCAUAAAAACUCGAAUGAGUCUGUCACUGAGCCUUCGGGCAAGCUGAGUCUCGAGAUACACCCCGCGCUGCGAUCGAAGAGCAUUAGACAGCAGGGGCAGGAUCUGGCGAACAAGACAAAUGCAAUUGUUUCGGUUGAUCAGCGCACUGCAACGGUUGACUUGAGUGUGCUCGAGGGUCUGGGGACGCCGUCGGAGUCGGAUUCGCCACAUCUUGGAAAGAAGACUGCGACGAACCUCAGCUACUUUUAUCCUCGCGAUCCAGAGCAGCCGAACUGGAGGCCGCUCUCCAUGAGGAGCGCUUAUAUCAUCAUCCUGGCGGUCGUGUCGCUUGUCUUGGCCGGUGUGCAGGAAUAUCUCUCUCAAAAGUCCGGUAUCUUGGAGAAGGAGGGCAGCGGCUUGAUUCCGUAUAACAAUGUAGCCGAAAUUCCUGUGUCACAAUUCUUUGCCUGGAAAUACCUUCCUACGCUUGUGACCGUCGCAUAUGGUGUGCUGUGGCAGGUUACUGAUUACGAGGUCAAGCGUUUGGAGCCGUAUUACCAGCUGUCGCAGCCGGCCGGGAAUACUGCAGAAAAGAGUCUAGCCCUUGACUAUGUGACUAUGUGGUCGUACUUUGUCCCGUUCAAAGCUGGAAAGUACCGACACUGGACGGUGUUGGUUUCUGCUAUCGGGACAAUCCUGGCUACAACCGCUGUGCCGUCUCUGCAGAGUCCUAGCAUCAAGCCAGCCGGAAACCCUGCGUGCGGUCCUGGGAAUGACAUGCCAAAGCCUGGUGAUGAUAAGCCAUGCGAUGCUGACUAUAAGUACUUCCUUCGCGUUGAACCGGUCUGGUCGCGGUUGGUCACGUCGUGCCUGAUUCUUGUUGCUGUCCUCGCGAUCGUGCUUCUAGUUCAACUACGUCGCAAGUCAGGUCUUCUUAGUGACCCGCUCGGGGUCGCUGGUGUCGCAGCCAUGGCGAACAGAUCGCAUAUCCUGGCAGAAUUCCAAGGCAUGGACGAGUCGCUGCAUGAUGACAUCCACAAGCAACUCCAACACCGCCGAUACAUCCUAUACAAAUCCACCAUCUGGCAGGGCGAAUAUACAGGCACAGACCAGAGCACAGCCACAGAGAGACCGCUUAAACCACCAAACCCGCAACCCAUCAUCCUCCGCCCCGUCUGGCUAAUGGCGUUCAUCAUCUUCAUGAUCAUCUGCCUCCCCUUUGUCCCAGCAAUCACCUACGACCCCCGACUAAACCACGUCAUCCGCAACAUCCCCUGGCUCCCUGUGCUAGUAGCAACCCUCAUCAAACAACUCUGGGCCACGUUGGAAUUCAACGUGAAAAUGAUGGAACCCUUCCACACCCUCACUAAAGGGAACGCCCGCCCCGAACAAACCCUCACCUUGGACUACCAAGGCACACCCUACGCCGUCAUCCUCUUCAAGUCGCUGCGCAACCGCCACUGGCUCGUCGCGCUAGUCGGCUUGGGCUCUAUCCUCUCCGACCUCCUAACAAUUACCUUCUCCUCGCUCGCCGUGAAGACAGAGACGCGACACUCCUUCUACUCCUCCUCUAUCUUAUCCAUGGCAAUCGUGGUCUUCAUGAUCUUCUCCGCAAUCCUAAUAUUCAUCCGCCGUCGCCGGCCAUUCAUGCCCCGCCAACCGUCUACAAUCGCCUCCAUCCUCGCGUUCAUUCACCAAUCGCGCAUGUUGGAGGAUUUCACAGGGACGGAACUAUACAAUAACCGAGAAAUGACGGAGAUGCUGGUCAGCAAGGGUAAACGGUACGGACUGGGAUGGUUCAGAGGAAGAGACGGGAGAAUGCAUUGUGCGGUUGAUGAGGAGCCGAUGGUGAGUCGGUUUGUUUGGGGAGUUAGUUACCGGAGGGCGAGGGCGCCUUGGGAGGAGGAUGUCUAG